CGUAAACAACCAUGUCCUGAUUUCUUCUGUAGCACACCUACCUUUAUUCACCUAUAAGCAGACAAACUUAGACUACCACGGUCCAACUUGUUUGGCAAGAAAAAAGAGAUCGACGAUAUCACUGCCAUUUUCUCUUGCUCUAUUCCAUUUAUCCGAGAGUCAAACAGGAUAUGUGCCUUUGAUACUGGCCGAUAAUUAAUUUUUCCCAUUUUUCCCCCUGGUACUGAAGAUCCGCCACUCACCCUCUCUUUCUCUCCCAAAAAGAUUUAAAAAAAGACCAGAGAUCAUAUAACCUCUAUCCAACCCUCGACCCCCACCCCCAUAUGAACACAAAUGUUCGACAAUGGCGACCUAAAAACUCUUCGUCUAAAUAUGAUUUCAUCAAAGUGCGGGUCCACUUGUCGAAUGAACACUACUAUGUCUUGUCACGAUUCCUUUUGUCACGCAUGUUGACUGCAGCUCGGAUCGAUUACGGCCAUGCUUUACGAAUUGCACUCGAUCUAAAGAAAAGACUUGUCGAGAAAUCGCAGCUGGAUGUUUCCCAACAAGACUUGCAAGAAGAACUUUUCGGACUGUUAAAGCAGCACGGAUAUGGUGAAGCACACGUACAGUGGUACAAAACUUUGGCAAGUUUCUAUCAUCAGCGGAUUCCGUUGGUUGUCUUUAUUGCAGGCACGGCAUCUACUGGCAAGUCCACAGUGGCAACGAGACUUUCUGAACGGUUGAAUCUUUCUUCUGUAUUAAAAACAGACGUCAUAUACGAUUUGAUGCAUACGGUCAUUGAUGGAAAGGCACCAGCAUCGCUUUGGUCAGCAAAUCCUGCUGAGGGGCAAGACUUUCAAGAUGUAGUGGCCCGAGAAUGCUCGCUUGUGUGUCGAGGCCUGGACGGGGACUUGGGUAAAUCGAUCACCGAGGGUAAAUCCAUCAUCAUUGAAGGAUCGUUGGUCGACCACAACUUACUGGACCAUAUCCACGACUAUGUCAAGAAACUAUCGGCGAAGCAACAUACAGUCAUUGUGGCGCCAUUUUUGCUUACCUUGCCUGAAGAGGAAUUAAAGCGACAGCUGCUGGACGGUCAAGGAGAAAAUGAAGGGGCGACAUGGUUUGAACGCGCACGCAAUCUCCAGCUGAAUUUGUUGCACACCAACAAUACACGGAAACAGUCCAACAUGCCUACAUUCUACGCGAUGCCUGUCAAUAUGGAAGAUAUCCAAACCACGAUCGACGCAAUGCAAUCCAUUGUGCUUGCUCAAAUUGCAGAAAAGACGUGAAACGAUUUCAUCACACAUACGUAAACUUCUAAUAUCAAAUCAGGACCAGUAAUUCCUGGUAUAUCAUCUCAUCCCACCAAUUCGAAUUAGUUCAUACAUUCCAUAACAAACCAUCGUCGUGUGACCAUGGGGAAACUGUUGUCAAAUGAAAAAAAAAAGUUUAUUUUUCUCACAAUAGAUAAAGAAAGAGAGGAGUGCUA